AUCCGACUUUCAAAAUGUUCGCCCGUCAAGCUUUCCGCUGCUCUCAGUCCCUGAAGCAGGGCUUCCGCAAGUACUCCACGGAGGCGCCCAAGGCCAAGUCCUCCUUGACUCCUAUCUACAUCGGUGUCGGUCUCGCCGGUCUCGGUGUUGGCUUGUACCGCUACAACUCUGCCACCGCUGAGGCCCCCAUCGUCCGCGAGAAGGUUUUCAAGGGUGGUGAGCAAGGAUGGUUCGACUUGAAGCUGUCCGAGAUCGAGGUUCUCAACCACAAUACCAAGCGUCUGCGCUUCGAGUUUGAGGACAAGAAUGCUGUCUCUGGUCUGCAGGUUGCCUCUGCCAUUUUGACCAAGUUCAAGCCCGUCGACGGCAAGGCCGUCAUCCGUCCUUACACCCCUACCAGCGAUGAGGAGACCCCCGGUCACAUCGACCUCGUCGUCAAGGUCUACCCCAACGGACCCAUGUCCGAGUACCUGCACAACAUGAACGUCGGUCAGCGCCUGGACUUCAAGGGCCCCAUUGUCAAGUACCCCUGGGAGACCAACAAGCACAACCACAUCACUCUGAUUGCUGGUGGCACCGGUAUCACCCCCAUGUACCAGCUGGCCCGUGAGAUCUUCAAGAACCCCGAGGACAAGACCAAGGUCACCCUCGUCUUUGGCAACGUGACCGAGGAGGACAUCCUCCUGAAGAAGGAGUUCGAGGAGCUUGAGAACACCUACCCCCAGCGCUUCCGGGCCUUCUACGUCCUGGAUAAGCCUCCCAAGGAGUGGACCGGCGGUAAGGGCUUCAUCAGCAAGGAGCUCCUGAAGACCGUCAUGCCCGAGCCCAAGGAGGAGAACAUCAAGAUCUUCGUCUGCGGUCCCCCGGGCAUGUACAAGGCCAUCAGCGGUACCAAGAAGAGCCCCUCCGACCAGGGCGAGCUGUCUGGUAUCCUGGCCGAGCUGGGCUACAGCAAGGACCAGGUCUUCAAGUUCUAAGCACGCU